AUGAACCCACUUGACGAAGCGAAGGUUGUCUCUGACGGGCACCCGCGGGAGGGCGACAACCAAGAGUACCUCGACGAAGUGGCAGCGAUGGUGGCUGUCAAUUCGCGCCAAAUGAGGAAUCUUGCCGCUGGCUUUGCCCCAAGGCGAAGUGCUCGAGGAACCAAGCGUGCGCGCAGUCAGGUAUCUCCGUUUAGCAAACCUUGGCCUUCCGGCUGCCUAGCGAGGAGCCCGUGGUUGACGCCGUGGCACCUAAGUCCUUGCCCGAUGAGGUUCUACCUGACGCGCCAGCUCAAGAGACUCAAGGCUGACAGAAGUCUAUUUGGGAGUUCAGCUUCCAGUCCUCCAUUCUAUUGUUGGUUCGUUGAGUUUGAGGAUGCAGACCCUGGGACUGAGGAUGAUGACGAUGCUACUUUCGCCGGAGCAGAUGCCGAUUCCGCCUCCGAUCGAUGA